UGUGUGGGUUGGCUGGUUAUUUUGCGAGCGGGAGGGGCCGUUCGCGCUCCUGCCUCCGGCUUCUGUCCCCCACUCCCCUUCCCCGGUCCCAGUCUCCUCUUCGAAAAGAUGUCGGACACGGCAGUAGCUGACACUCGGCGCCUUAACUCGAAGCCGCAGGACCUGACCGACGCUUACGGGCCGCCAAGUAACUUCCUAGAGAUCGACAUCUUUAAUCCACAGACGGUGGGCGUGGGCCGCGCGCGCUUCACCACCUAUGAGGUUCGCAUGCGGACAAAUCUACCUAUCUUCAAGCUAAAGGAGUCCUGUGUACGACGGCGCUACAGUGACUUUGAGUGGCUGAAAAAUGAGCUGGAGCGAGAUAGUAAGAUUGUAGUACCACCACUGCCUGGGAAAGCCUUGAAACGGCAGCUCCCUUUUCGAGGAGAUGAAGGGAUCUUUGAGGAGUCUUUCAUUGAGGAAAGGAGGCAGGGCCUCGAACAGUUUAUUAACAAAAUUGCUGGGCACCCACUGGCUCAGAAUGAACGCUGCCUACACAUGUUCCUGCAAGAGGAGGCAAUUGACAGGAACUACGUCCCCGGGAAGGUGCGCCAGUAGGAGCCCCUCUCACCACUUGCCCUCUACUUUCCUGCUGAAAUGACAUUGGUUUUUACACUAAGCCUUUCUCUCUCUUUGAUCUGAAGUUGGCUGCCCAUCCCCUAGCCUGAUAGACUAUCUGGCAUUGUGCUCCUUGGUACCUGACUGCACCGUGUGGGUACUCUGCUAGGAUCCUUUUCUCUGAGGAGAGGUGGGAAACCACAGGCAGAUGCCCUUUGCUUGGGGGUGGGUGGGGGGACUGGACUAGAAGGCAGUUUCUUGGGCAUUUACCCAUGCCCGAAGGCUAACCUUGUGGGGAGGGGGAGCUUGUGCUGGUGAGGCACUUGGAUACAUACUGAUGCUACAAGUCCAGGGGAGUUUUCUUACUCUUAGGGUUAACCAGGAACACUGAGCAGAGGAAAAUCCUGCCUUUCCUACAUGCAUGAACUUUUUCCUUUUUGGGAAGGUGGUAGAGAUCCAAAAGCUCUCCCUGUUCUCUAGGCCUGCUCCCAAUUUUCUCAACAGUUAUUUUUGUUUGUUCCUUUCUCUCUCCCUUGUUGCUUUUCAUGGCAGUAAUCCUCCUAGAGUCCAAGCAGUCUGUUGUGUGGAGCAAGGUGUUUGGGUUUUCUGGGCCCAUCAUCAUGGCUGCUUCAGAGUCAGAAGAAAACCACAGGGUAGCAGGAGAGCUCCUAUUGCUUGGCCCCUCUCCCUUUUUGACUCCCCACUCUGGCUUCUUAUUUUUGCUCACCAGCAGGUGAGUCAGUAAGUCAGUAUGGGCCAGCAGCUCUCCCUCCCCAAGCUACUUUAUGGGUUAGCUUUGCAGGUUUGGUGGCUUGAGGGGCGGGGGUAACUCACUACUGCCAAGUAACUCCCUGAAGGGUGGGAGUGGAUCAUGUUCUAGGUUCGUCCUGGUGGUAGGGAAGGGCCUCACCACUCUUCUUUCCAUUCUCCCUUUCCCCCAUCCCAUUUAGUGCUGCCACGUGGCAGAAGCACACAAACAAACCAUAUUGUCUCUGACUUCUCCUAAGUACUUUGAACUGUUUGAGGGGGGCUCAGGGGCAAGAGCUAUCACUGCCCUUUCCAGCUUGGUCACAAAGUUAUUGAACUGCCUGCACUUGUUUCCCAUAGAACUCCAGUAUUGUCCCCAGAAGUUGAACUAGAGAUAGCAGUUGGGCAUGGAUUUUCUAAAUCUUAGAAUCUGGAGCAGCUUCUUGAGGGUGGCACCUAUCUUGGGCUUCUGUCUGAGAGGUAAUGGUUUGUUUGCUAGGGCCUGAUGUCUGUCCCAAGUGGUGAGAUGAGAGCCACUUAAUUCUGAUUCCAGGUGAAAGGUAGGGGCUCUCUGCUUAGACUCCCUAUCAUGGAGGGAUUGGAGUUUUCUAUACAGGGCCUUGGGGAAAAGGAUUGUUGAUUCUGACAUGACCCUGAUCAGAGAUUAGGAUUGGAUUUUGACAUAGGAUUUGGAGCCCAUCUAAAUAUUGAAGUUUCCUGAGACAGCUCUCCAAUUGCCGAGCCUGUGCCAGGGGCUGAGCAGCCCCUAGUGAGAGGCUCUGCUCCCUUUCCCACCUCGCCAACGUUGGUGUUAUUGCUACCUUUUUGAUUUGUAUCCUCUGUUACAGACUUUUUUAAAAAAAGAUUCCUUCUUUCAUUGUGCACAAGUGCUGAGAGCCUGAAGCCCCAUUUCUGAUGUGUAUAUAUCCUGACUCGGGGCUUUUAUUCAGCAAACUGUUCACUCUUCUGUCACACAAUGUCAUAUUCAACUCUGUUCAUAUUAAACCACUGUGAAGCAA